CCAUCCUCGCCACCACCAGCCCCCCCUGAAACGCGGCUCCAGAUCCGGCGGCCGGUGGCGUCCUCCCCGCGCGACCACCCAUCACAACCAACGGCGCUGAUCUCCCCAGCCAUCUCCGUCCAUCUCCGUCUCCAUCGCCAGGAGGGUUCCGGCAUGUCGGAAGCGGAGAGCGCGCCGGAGACCGGCGGCGGCAGCUACGGAGGGAAGGAGCAGGAUCGGUACCUGCCGAUCGCCAACAUUGGCCGCAUCAUGCGCCGCGCGGUGCCGGAGAACGGCAAGAUCGCCAAGGACGCCAAGGAGUCCGUCCAGGAGUGCGUCUCCGAGUUCAUCAGCUUCAUCACCAGCGAAGCGAGUGACAAGUGCAUGAAGGAGAAGCGCAAGACCAUCAACGGCGAAGACCUGAUCUGGUCCAUGGGCACGCUCGGCUUCGAGGAAUACGUCGAGCCUCUCAAGCACUACCUCAAGCUUUACCGGGAGACGGAGGGUGACACAAAGGGCUCGAAAUCUUCUGAUCAUACAGGAAAGAAAGAGAUUGUACUCAAUGGUGAACCUGGAUCAUCGGUAAUGCUUACUUCCUUGAGCAUAAAUAAUCUGCUUUCAAACAUGUUACUUCACAUAUUUUCUGUGUCAUAUAUUAAACAUUUUAUCGAUGCAUAGAAUAGUAUUUCGUGCCCUAUAGUACAACAGGCUACCCCUCAUGCCUUGCAGUCACAGCUUGUCUUCUAUGGCUCAAAAGCUGGCAUGAGAUAUCCAUAUAAUUUCCAUGGCAAAGUUUUUGGACUCACAUAAGCAUUCAAUUUUUACCAUGUCAAAUCUACAUACGUCCCUAUUUUGAUAAUUCUUGUCUUAACGCUAGACAGUAUCCGAUACAGCAGAAGGGUGAAAAUUUUCAUUGUUUAGAAACUUGGAUGUAGCUCCAAUUCCCGAUCACUAGCAAAGUAUGGGGUGCACGCAGAGUAAUUGUAAUCGUAGUGUCCAGAUAUCGCUGGGUGUAUCGGACAAGCACCCUCUAUUAGAAGAUGCAUGAUGGGUAGAGGGAUAAACAGGCGUUGUACCGUGGCUGCAGCCUAGAGAGUCGUCCAUUAUCUGUGUUAAGAGACUGCAGCCAAGGGAGCUACAGUAACCAGGUUAAAGUUUUCUGAGGGAUGUAAGGCUGAAUUUGAACGGGUCCAAAUUAAACCGCGGUUAUGUACUGUGUUUAGUUCGGGUACGGUAUUGACGGAGCCGCACAACAGGAUUCUCUUCAUGGCUGAUGAACGGUUCUGACCGCGGUUACUUGUCAACUACGGCCUACGGGGCCCAAGGUCAGACUCAGACGCCAGCGCGACUGCUGCUUCUGCUUGCCUCUUCACUUCAUCCACUCCGAAGGAUGCACAUGUGCUGCCGUCAUGUCUGCUUCGUCUCACACAGGAAAUUUCCUAGAAUUUUUUACUGGAUGAGAGCUGUAUUUUUUUAUCUUCUUCUGAAUUCAAAUGAGGUUCCAUGACCAGCUCAAA